GCCGUGCGCUACGGCCCGCCCACCGUCCUGCCGCCUCGCGAGCUGACAGCCAGCGCCCACCCUCCCUCGCUGGAGGACCGGCAGCAGCAGCGCACUGGCGCCACCGAACGGCCACUGGCCGCCCAGGCACCGACUCCGUAUCCCCCGCCGCCUCCCAACUGCAAAGACAAUGCACUUCCGACUCACAGCGGAAACGUCCGGGAGCGGAGUCCACCACGCGAGAAGCAAAGUGCUGCGCCUCCCAGUUUACCGUACAACUUUCAAGUUGACUUCUCAAUCCCACCUCCACCAAUAUCUCAGACACCUAUCAUACCCUCAAACAUACUAUCACUUCUCGGACAUGCUGCAUUUGAGCAUACUACAAAUGGCUUCCUACUAAAUGUUCCUCCGUCAAAUGUUUCUCAACCUCACAUGUCCCAUCCCCGAGAACAUACACAAACUGUUCCACCGACUUACCCGAAUGAAGUCCAAGUGUCGCAGCUGCGCACCGUGACUCCAUUUAACUCGACUCCGGCUGCUGUGUCACAGCCCCUUAUGCCGGUGCACCAUUUUCCUCCAUCUCACACUGUGUCUCCAGCUAACAAUAACCACUCCCUCAUGCCUCUGCACCAUUUGACCCAACCCCAGGUGCCGAGACACGAGGCACCACCUCAUGUGUCCCAGCAUCGUAUGCCUACACAUCACAGUUCUCAUUCCCACAUACCUACCCACCGUCCUUACCCACCUAUGACCCCACUUCCCCACAUGCCCCUAACUGAUGUGCCACCCACCCAUGGAAAAUCGCCCCACAGGGCACAGCAACAUCGACCGCAUUCACGAAGAAUGACCGAACAUUCCACUGCUCACUGUAGACCGCAGCCUUAUGUCACAGAUUCGUAUAAGAAUGCUUCUUUGGACACACCGUUUGCAAAUCGUGGAGGCACACAUCACACCUCUCGUGAAGCAUUUAGGGACGAGUACAAUCCGUGCUACAGAAGGGAUGAUCGUGAAGCCUCUAGCUUGGCCAAUGGCCUGCCCAGUUUUCUGAACUUCUGGGUACCUCCACCAUUGCAGACUCCACGCUUACGGCCACCACCUUUACCACCGCCUCUGCCACCAUCUCUACAGUCACCACAGCAGCAUAUGGAAUCGUCAAACCAGACGCUGUUGUCGCAUCUACUGGCUAUGCCGACACCACCUCCAGACCAACAUGACAAGACUCUGUCUCCUGUUACAGGGAAUCUGUAUUCAAGUCAUCCUCACGGUUACCAUGAACAGUACUGGAACCAGCAAAGCAAAUCAUCUCCACCUAUAGUUCCAGAGUACCAGCAGCCUCACCACACAGAUGCUAAAAGAAGAACAUUUGACACCGUGAUGUCAAGAUGGUCACAGGAUGUGCCCCAUCGGCUUGCCAGAUACCAUGUGCCAGCCCAGCUACAUCCUGACAUGGACAACUCAGCAAUGCAGAUGGAUGACAACUGCAGCUCAUCACAUUACGGGCGUGGAGUUCGUGGCCACUGCUACGGCAAUCGUCGAGUGCGGAACGUGCCACUUCCGUGUUCCCGGCUACGUAAUUUGACAGAAGUGAAUGUGAAUAUUAAUGGAGGUGACAGAACAGUUGUGCCACACAAACAGCACCGUGAUGACCUGAACGAACAACUGUACGAAAAGGGUGCCGAAGCCUGUGCGCUGUUGUCUGCAAUCACAGCUGUUCGAAGAACAAUCGGUGGGGCUGCUUCGGCAGCUCCGGGUGUAACUACCGGUGGCGGGGUAUCUCCCACUGGCGUGCCAGCACUCCCAGCACCACCCGUCUUACCCGCGCUGCCAGCACCACAAGUACUUCCUGCACUGAUGGCAGCGCCGUGGGCCAGCCCUGCAGCUACGGAGUCUCCCCGUAGCACGCCGGCACUCCCGGCACCACCUGUCUUACCCGCACUGCCAGCACCACAAGUACUACCUGCACUGAUGGCAGCACCGUGGCCCAGCACUGAAGCUACUUCGGUCAGCCAGGACAAUGAAGAAGACAAUACAAAGGAGAGACUGCGCCAUCACCCAAGAAAGGCCACAGAUGUUGGUGAUCAGCUAACAGUGCCUUUUACUAGUCCUGUCAUCCAAAAGGAUGACACAACAACAGCAGCAGCAACGUCCCAAUUCAAAGAAUUCCUUAAAAUGUACGUGGAAGGAUCCUUUGGUGAUGCUUUACAUGUACACCCAGGACAGUCAUCCCUGAGUGUACCACCAAAGGAUCCCCACACAGCACUGCUGCCAUCUACUGGACAGGUGAUGGAUGUUGCUACAAGAGAAACAAAUACUGGACUGUUAGCCACCAGCGGGAGACUAAUGUUACCAGAUCCAUUUCCAUCUGUAGCACCUUAUCUGGGACUUAAAAGCACACCUGAAGAAAGAGAGAAGUUUAUGAAGAGCUUUUGGACAUCAGUUUAUCAGCAGCAAGCUCUCAAACUAGGCCUCUUGCCGAAGUUACAAACCAAUCUGACACCACAUGUUGAUCAACUGGGAACACAACUAUAUCAACAAAUGAGGGGACACAAAGAGUUCAGACAUGCCCUUGCUGAGCUUGAUCACCAGAUACUGGCCCGUGGCAGCCUUGGAUCAGCAACGCCACUUGCUGCACUUCCUCCAGCACCUUCUACACAUUCCAGCACAUCAGAUCCACUUUCCGCCUAUGGUUCUGCCCUGGCACAAUACACCCAGAGCGGAAGAUCUGCUACCUCCUCAUCAUAUCAGAGUGACUUCCUGAGGUCAGCUCUACAAGAUACGAAUUCCUCAGUACAAACUCCAGCUUUACCUGCUUGUAGUAACAGUGGAUGCUGUAAUAAUGCAAACUGUAAAACAACAAAGAAGCAACAGCAAAAAAAAGAACUGGAGCACUUGAAGCUAGUUCAAAGGCAACAGUUGCAGAGGAAAAGUGCGGAAGACACAGUGAUAAGGAUGAAUGAAGAAACACUGAGAAGGAGGAAUGAACAGCUGCAGCAGCAACAGCAGAGAAAAAUUGAAGAAGACACAGUGAAGCGACUGAAUGAAGAGCUCCAGAAACAGGCGAUACAGGCACAUAUUGAACAACAACAACAGUCACAGUGCACUCAGAAAAAGAAGAAAACUCUGACACAGAUACAGGAGCAAGCAGAAACAGCCCAUGCCUUGAAAGAUGGACUCUGUAUUCCAGUUCUACAGCAGCACAGAAAUGAACAUGGUAUCAUUACACAGAGCCAACACUUAGAAACAAUGCCACACCAGGAUAUGAACCUGCAGUUAAACAAAGUAAAAGCAAAAAGAGGAUGCAAAAGAAAAUCAGAAUCACUUGAACAAGAAUGCACUGUGCAAUGGGCAAUGAAUUUUGAAGGACAUAAAGCUUCACAAAGCUCUUCAGUAGGAAGAAUGCAGAGAGGUGUAAUUGUGCACGGGAAGGAGUAUGUGAAUCAAAUGUCAGAAUGUAUGCGUCAGCAGCAAUUCCAUUAUCUGCACAAUGAAAAUAUGAAGGAUUCUCAGACAGAUCAGUCAGAGCAAGUGAAACACAAAGAGCAACCAAAAAUGUCACAACUAACACAAUUGCUUAUGCAAGGGCAGUCUGAAAUCAGUAUGUGUCAAAAGGGAAAUGUUCAAAAACAAAAGAAAUCUCUGAGAACAUCAAAGACAGUUGCUGAACAGGUGAUUACAGAGUCUAGGCAAACAAAGCAACCAGAAAUGCCUCUUAAUAUAUCGAACAAAAAAUCACUGCAUGUGCAGAAUCUGUUUACUGAUCUGCAUGUACAGCAGAAAAUAUCUGAAUACAUUAAACAAGAGACAAUCUCUAGGCCAUCUCAAGGAACUGUAAUAAAAUCUAAGGAAGAUCAGGAAGCUCGGCUGAACAUGUGGUGUAACAGUACUCUGAAUACAGCAAAGGUAGCAGAAGAUUUGCAACAGGCACAAUUUGGAGUAGACUUACAGAGAAAACAUCUCUCCUUCAGUCAUGAUGACACAGUGUCUUCACCAAUGGUUGAUGACAGCCAUGGCUUGGAUCUCAGUAGCCAAAGACAUGUACAAAAACUUAUGUGUGAUAAUAUUACAGUAAAGACAGAAGAAGAUAUUGAAGAAAUUUGUGAUCGGACCACAAAUGAACAGAAUCAAGAAACAUUUGACUUCCUGGAGGAACUGGACGAAAUAAAAUUAGAUACGUUGCAGCAGCAGAAUACAGACCAACAACAAAAUCUUCUAGAGCUUCCAUCAUUUGGAUCUUAUCUGAAUGUGGAUGGAAUGGAGGACACAGAUGUUGAAGAAGCAGAUCUGAAUGCAGCCUACCAUGCAGUUGUGUCACUGCAGCAGUCUGAAAUUCCUGAUGUACCAGCAACUCCACCCUCCCACACGACUCGAACAUCCGAGUAUUGUCAGUCCCCAAUGAAUGGUUCAACAGCUUCCAAUCUUUCGAAGACCACGCAACAGCUGAAUGAGGACCACUGUACUUCAAAAGUUGUUCAUCUGGUUCCCGUUGUUCAAAUGCCUCAGAGUAGUCCCUCACCAAUUCCAGUGCAAAUGAAAACACUUCCUGACGCCAAGGGGCCAAAAGCGAAACGGAAAAAACUGCGGCGAUCAAGGACAUCAUUUGAGAAAGAAGAAGAUAUGGACACUGAGCCUCCAUCAGACAGUACUCUUAGUAGUAAAUGUGAUAGUGCCCAAGAAGUUAUACCUACACUUGAUGAUACAUCUCAUGCUCAACCAGUUUCUCUUCACAACAGUGCAUACAAACAUACAUGUACUUCAUCUGAAGCAAUAACUGAUCCAGCUAUGGCUACUGUUCCUGUUAGUAUCAAUACUAGAAAUGGACCACUAACAGCAGUGGCACCUAGAAACAGUAGAGCAGUUGCGAAUGCUCUCCGAAAGGCAACCCGUCCUGUAUCAACUGACAGUACAUCUGCAACAGAUAUGAGAGUAGCAGCCACAGCAGAUGAGACAAGUGACACAGCAUCACCCACAUUUCAGGCUCAGCAAACUCGGAAAGGUGUGAAACGUAGAUAUUCCACACGCCGAUCAAAGACGUAAUGCAUGUAAUCUUUAAAAACCUAAAAGGAAGUUCCUAAAUUAGUAAACAGCAGUAAUAAAAAUAUUUUUCUAUCAUCACAUAUCUAUAUUUUUGAAUGCUUUUUGACUCAUUUCUAAAAAAAGAGUAUUAUCUAAUAAGAUAUAUGUGGUGCUAUGUGCUUACAAAAUGUUUGAAAAUCUAAGUUUUAGCUUUCAUUUUUUGACUGGUGUUUUCAGAAUUAAUAAUUUUAAUAUUUGCAAUGAAAAAUUGCAUAUUAUCAUUCAUAACUGGUCAGGUUUAUAACUGUAAGUCAGUGAGAAUGAUUACUUUUAAAGUACUAGUGUUAGUUGUAUGUCUUUAGGUGUGUGUGUGUGUGUGUCUGUGUUAAAUAUAUUGCAGAACAUUACUGAAUUAAAUUAAGGGCCAGUGCCCUUUAAGAUAUGUAUUAUCCACCUUUGUUAAUAUAUGUCAAAUCUUUUAGACAUUAACAGAAAAAUAACUAUUGAGAAUGGCACUAAUGAUGUUAUUAUGAGAAACAUUGAUCUUGAAGGACAUUAUCACUUACUCUAAAUGGCAUCAUGGCCUUGCAAUAUAAUAUAGGACUAUGUGCCUUGCUGACGACAUUUACUGUUAUUUUUACUCCAUAACUUUUCUAAAUCCCAGAUGUCUGUUUCUCAUAAUGUACCUGACAUUUAAUUUAUAAUACAUGCUGGAUUUCCCCACAAUAUACAGCAAGUUGUAUACAUUACUACAACAAUUUUUACUAUGAAACUCAUGUUUAGAAACCUCUCAAGGCAAUCAGCAUACCAGUUCCUACUAGCAGCUACAAUGUGCACACAGCCAGCAUAUUAUUUUUACACAUUUAUAAGUAAGCAUGAAAUACAGAUAGUUGAUAAUAUCUACAUUCUCUGAAAUUAAUUUUGACUAUCAACAUAGUACUACAAGUACUCGAGUUGAAGCAUAAGCAUUUUUGUGUGCCAUUACUGGUUGUUAUUUUUCUUGUAUUACAGCUUACAGUAAUACCAAUGAAGCCGUUGGUCUGAGGCAAUUACUGCAGCUGAUUUGUAUGUGGCCCUUCAAAGAAAGUAAAUUAAAUGUUUUCUUUUAUUAGAAACAAUGGUUCCCAAGGAAAACUGUGAUAAAAGAAUAAUAGUGGUAGCAAAGAAAAGAGUUGAUGUUAACAGCACUGGUAAUAUAGAUUUUUGAUGCUAUAUUGUUAUUAGUUGAAAGGAAGUACUUUAAACUUAUGAUAUUCGUGUUUCUAUUCUGGGGUCAGUAUUUCAGACAAAAAAAAUGUUUAAGGAAGAACAUUCUGUGUAAUUAAAAUUUGACCAUCUGUGGUUGUUUUGUUACAAUAUUGGUGUUUUCUAAGAACACUACUAUGUAUCUAUAUUUUACUACCUUACUGUUUUCUAUACUGACUUUCUUGUUAUCACUGACGGAAGUUAGCAUUAUUGGUCUGUGCGAAGAAUUUUACUUGGUUCAUUCUGAAAAUUACAAAUAUCAUGUAUGUAACUUGACACUGUGUUAAAGUUAUGUAUUCCAGCAACACUCAAAGAGGGAAGUUACCUAUAUGUAUAAAGACUGAAGUAUGAAAGCAACACUUCUCAGAGAGGAAAGUUACCCAUUUGUGUGCAGAGAAUUUUUUCAGUGGUACCAACAAGACGAAAAUUACAGCAUUUUUAUCAUCUACCAUUUGUAUUCACUGCUGCUUAGCAGUAAUAAUAAAUAAAAAUGCUCAAAAACAAAUUUUGUACUUAUAAAAAAGAGUUUACUGAAAACUUAAUAUUUCAUUGUGUAAUCUUAUAAAUUGUUUCUUUAGAUAAUAUAUUUUUAUGACAAUGUAUUUCUAUCUGUCAAAAGACUGAUACUAAUAUAUUAUCUACUUCAGACUUCAAGUAUUAAACCAUGUGAUUGUAUAAAGAACAACCUGCUCCAUUGAGUGUUAGGGACAAAUUGUUGCAUUCUGUACCUGCACCAUCUGCACAUUCUGACACUAUACUCCUGUAACAAUUCUUGCACUAAUAUAAUAUCAAGUAUCCUAACAACAAAGCUGAUAGAAGUAGCUACCAUUUGUGGCCAGAGAAAAUCCUUUCUCCAGGCAAACAUAACACAAUACAUACACAGAUAUUAAUGGAAAAAAUUCCCAAGUCAUUUAACAGUGAACAAAUUACAGCAACAAAAUAAACUAUGAGACUUGAAAGAUGUCAGACAAAGGGAACUUGGUAAUUUCAAGCACAAGAUUUUAUAAAAGAAAUGAAAAAAAUUAUCUGAUGCUGAUAAAGGAUGUGGAAGUCAGUAAAAUGAUCUGACAGUAAGAAAACUGAAUAACAAUAAUUAAACAUUAACACAAGCUGAGUGACAUACAUGCAAAAAAAUGUAAAUGGCAAAUAAUUAAAGAUGUGUAGGUAACAGUAAAUCAUGAAAAUAAUCAAAUACAAUUACUUUGAUGGAAUACUGUUUAGGUACUCAUCUCUCAUUCUUUUUCUCACUUUCUUCAUCUCCCUACCUUUCAUAAGAUUUGGAUUGUUUUUAAUUUUUGACCUCAACAGAAAAUAUUUCCCUUGCCAUCUUCUGCUGUUAUUAAAAUAUUAAAUACUGAUGUGCUAUUAUGCUUCACUGUGCCAUAGAUUAUAUGAAGAUUGCUGUUUAACAAACAUCCUCAUUCCUCAGAUGGAUGAACAAUUCCUGAUUUAUCAUCUGUCACACAGCUUUGUACUCAGAUGUAAUGGAAAUUGAGACGGUCAUUAAGUUUAGAAUGAAAAGAAGUGCAGAUGUAUGUGUAGUCAAAUAAAAGGAAGAAAAUCAUAAAUUGCAGCUGUUGACAGU